GCUCCGCGCGCUGCGGCCAGUAGGAUUCGGUCAGCGGGAGGGAGCGGAGCUCGAGGCUCCGGGAGAAGACGGCAGGAGAAACAGCCGCCCAAAUUAACCAGCGGCGGGGCGACUGAGCGCGUCACAGGCUACCUCGCCCGGAACAGCGGCGCAGCCCCCGGGACCGGAGCAAAGGCGUGGUCGCCGGCUAGUUCGAGGGUGUUUUUGGGGUGUUCCUUCGUUGUUUUCCCCCGUGUUUGUCACGGAGGGAGGAGGUGGAAACGCACCGCCGCCAUCUUUGGGACUGACUGUAGGAGAGCGCAGCGCCUGGGCCGAGGCUGAGGUCGGGGAGGAGUUUGUUCUCAAUCAGCGACAAUAACACCUUGUUUUCACAGCAAACACAUCGACAACAACGGCAGCUGGGGCCCCGGGAGGAGGAAAAGGGAAAACCGAAACGCCGAGAGCCCGUUUCUCCUCCUCCUCCCUUCCCCCCCGCGGUCUGCCCGAGCCCUUUCCCUUGGAUACGGGACUCGCUUCUCUUCCUUGUAAACCUGCUCUUUCGGACGGGUGCCCAUGCGAACGAGGCCUCGCUCCUGCAGAUGAGCCAGCGGUCGGGGCGGCAGCGCAGUCGCACACCCAGAUAGUCCCCGGCCCGGCUUGGCCUGGGAGCAGGAUGCCCUCCACCAGCCGCGCGGGGAGCCUGAAGGACCCAGAGAUCGCCGAGCUCUUCUUCAAGGAGGACCCCGAGAAGCUCUUCACAGACUUGCGAGAGAUCGGCCAUGGCAGCUUCGGGGCGGUCUACUUUGCCCGGGAUGGGCGGACCACGGAGGUGGUGGCCAUUAAGAAGAUGUCGUACAGCGGGAAGCAGUCCAACGAGAAAUGGCAAGACAUAAUCAAAGAAGUAAAAUUCCUGCAGAGGAUACAACAUCCUAACAGUAUAGAGUAUAAAGGAUGCUACCUGCGAGAGCACACUGCCUGGCUGGUUAUGGAGUACUGUUUGGGGUCAGCGUCAGACCUGCUAGAGGUUCAUAAAAAGCCUUUACAGGAAGUGGAGAUAGCAGCUAUCACUCACGGUGCUUUGCAGGGGCUAGCCUACCUUCAUUCCCACAACAUGAUUCACAGAGAUAUCAAGGCUGGGAAUAUUCUCCUCACGGAGCCUGGCCAGGUGAAGCUUGCUGACUUUGGUUCUGCCUCUAUUGCCUCUCCCGCCAAUUCCUUCGUGGGGACUCCAUAUUGGAUGGCCCCAGAAGUGAUCCUUGCCAUGGACGAAGGGCAGUAUGAUGGGAAGGUGGAUGUCUGGUCUCUUGGAAUUACAUGCAUUGAAUUAGCGGAAAGAAAGCCUCCGCUCUUCAAUAUGAAUGCGAUGAGUGCCUUAUACCACAUAGCGCAGAAUGAGUCCCCAACACUGCAGUCUAGUGAAUGGACAGAUUAUUUUCGAAACUUUGUCGACUCUUGCCUUCAGAAGAUCCCCCAGGACCGACCCACCUCUGAGGAGCUGCUAAAGCACGCCUUCGUGCAGCGGGAGCGGCCGGAGACGGUGCUGAUGGACCUGAUCCUGCGCACCAAGGACGCGGUGCGGGAGCUGGACAACCUGCAGUACCGCAAGAUGAAGAAAAUCCUGUUCCAGGAGGUGCACAACGGGCCGGCCGCAGAGGCCCCCGACGAGGAGGAGGAGCCCGAGCACGGUGUGGGCCGGACGGGCACGGUCAACAGUGUGGGCAGUAACCAGUCCAUUCCCAGCAUGUCCAUCAGCGCCAGCAGCCAGAGCAGCAGCGUGAACAGCCUCCCAGAUGCGGCUGACGACAAGAGUGAGCUGGACAUGAUGGAGGGUGACCACACUGUGAUGUCCAACAGCUCCGUCAUCCACCUCAAACCGGAGGAGGAGAGUUACCAUGACGACCCCGAUCCCCACAGCAGGCCCUCAGAGCCGCAGUCCCCCCCGGCACAGACCCCACGGCACAAAUCCCAGUACCGCAACCGAGAGCAUUUUGCCACCAUCCGCACUGCCUCUCUGGUGACCCGGCAGAUCCAGGAGCACGAGCAGGACUCGGAGCUGCGGGAGCAGAUGUCCGGGUACAAGCGCAUGCGGCGGCAGCACCAGAAGCACCUGAUGGCGCUGGAGAACAAGCUGAAGGCCGAGAUGGACGAGCACCGGCUGCGGCUGGACAAGGAGCUGGAGACCCAGCGCAACAACUUCGCCGCCGAGAUGGAGAAGCUGGUGAAGAAGCACCAAGCCGCCAUGGAGAAGGAUGCAAAGACCUUUGCCAACGAUGAAAAGAAGUUCCAGCAGCACAUCCAGGGCCAACAGAAGAAAGAGCUCAGCAGCUUCUUGGAGUCGCAGAAACGGGAAUACAAACUGCGCAAAGAGCAGCUCAAAGAGGAGUUGAAUGAGAACCAGUCGACCCCUAAGAAAGAGAAGCAGGAGUGGCUGUCGAAGCAGAAGGAGAACUUCCAGCACUUCCAAGCCGAGGAGGAGGCCAACCUCCUUCGGCGCCAACGGCAGUACCUGGAGCUGGAGUGCCGGCGAUUCAAGCGACGGAUCCUUAUCGCGCGGCACAAUGUGGAGCAGGAUCUGGUGCGAGAGGAGCUGAACAAGCGGCAGACCCAGAAGGACCUGGAGCACGCCAUGCUGUUGAGGCACCACGAGUCCAUGCAGGAGCUGGAGUUCCGGCACCUGAACACCAUCCAGAAGAUGCGCUGCGAGCUGAUCCGGCUGCAGCACCAGACCGAGCUCACCAACCAGCUGGAGUACAACAAGCGCCGGGAGCGGGAGCUGCGCAGGAAACACGUCAUGGAGGUCCGCCAGCAGCCCAAGAGCCUCAAGUCUAAGGAGCUGCAGAUUAAGAAGCAGUUCCAGGACACCUGUAAGAUCCAGACCCGGCAGUACAAGGCACUCAGGAACCACCUACUGGAGACAACGCCCAAGAGUGACCACAAGGCGGUGCUCAAGAGGCUGAAGGAGGAGCAGACCCGCAAGCUGGCCAUCCUGGCUGAGCAGUAUGACCACAGCAUCAAUGAAAUGCUCUCCACGCAGGCCCUGCGUCUGGAUGAGGCUCAGGAGGCGGAGUGUCAGGUGCUGAAGAUGCAGCUGCAGCAGGAGCUGGAGCUGCUCAAUGCCUACCAGAGCAAGAUCAAGAUGCAGACCGAUGCCCAGCAUGAGCGUGAGCGAAAGGAGCUGGAGCAGAGAGUGUCGCUGCGCCGCGCCCUCUUGGAGCAGAAGAUCGAGGAGGAGAUGCUGGCCCUGCAGAACGAGCGCUCGGAGCGGAUACGCAGCCUGCUGGAGCGCCAGGCCCGGGAGAUCGAGGCCUUCGACUCAGAGAGCAUGCGCCUGGGCUUCAGCAACAUGGUGCUGUCCAACCUGUCCCCUGAGGCCUUCAGCCACAGCUUUCCUGGGGCCCCCAGCAGCUGGUCCCACCAUCAGGCCGGCUCCCAGGGGCCACACUGGGGCUCAGGGGGGCAUCACGGCCAUCACCACCAUCACCACCACUCGGGGUCUGGGCAGGUGGGGGGUCCCCCGCAGGCAUGGGGCCACGCCAUGCAAGGAGGGGGCCCUCAGCCUUGGGGGCACCCUUCCUCUGGGCCCCUGGGGGCUGUGCCGAGGAGCGGGGGGGGCAUGGGAGUGCGAAACAGCCCCCAGGCGCUGCGGCGGACGGCCUCCGGGGGGCGCACUGAGCAGGGUAUGAGCAGGAGCACCAGCAUCGCCUCGCAGAUAUCCAAUGGGUCGCAUCUGUCCUACACAUAGAGCGCCCCCACGCUCCAGGCGACACCAUGCCAAGAGGGUAGGGUCCUGCUGCAGGGUCGGGGGGAGACCACGGGGCACAGGUGGGACAGAGGGGAUGAGGACCUCAGCAUUCUCUCUCCUUCUGUUCCUCUUUCUCUUCCAUCAUCUUGCUGUAUGCUUACAUACAGACACAUUGUGAUGGAUACACAUUGCUCACACCACAAAGAGAAAGUAUGAUUGUUCUGUAUUUUUGAGCAAUAGACCUAUCUAUAGACCAAUUUAAACAGGCUAAUAUCAUUUUGUUUGAUGUGUGUGUGUGUAUAUAUAUAUACACAGAUAUAUGGGAUGAUUGCAAACAAUGCACUAUAUCAGUGGAACAAAAUUUUAUCGAUUCUGCAUUGUGAGCUCCACUCAGCCCUCCAAGGUAGCACUUUAUAACCAGCUGGUGGGGCUGUUGCGUUGGCCAAGGGGAUUUUUAAAGAUGUUUACGCUCCUUACUUGAUUUUUUUGAUCAGCAUAUAUGGUCUGAUAGAAAUUUCUUAUUUUUCUCUCCUGUGGUGAAUUGUUGCUGAAUCAUUUUGUUUCUGUGUGUAUAUUAUACACAUGCAUUUUGUUUAUAUGUAUAAGAAGCCACUGCCCAUGCUUACACUAAUGUCACACAGAAACCACUGCCGGAGGUGAAGGUCUCUAUACAUCUACUAUAUGUGCUCCAUGCUUAUGAAGUCUCAGGUUCUGCUCUAGUACAAGAGAGGACAGUAUGGUUGACAGAGCCUGUUCAGAAUUUCUUUUGGGAAGCUGAGAUCCAGCUGGCAACGGUCAUCCAGGGGCAGAGCUGAUGGCCACCUGCAGAGCCGCACGCGGGUGUUUCUAGCGGUUUUUCGGAGGUUGUGCAGUGCUGUCAGUGUGCAGUGACCAAGUAGCAGGGCUAAAGCCCCUUCUGGUUCCCGUUGUAUCUCAAGACCUUCAGCAGACCGAUGGAUCUACACUCCCUCCUCCUUCCGUAUGCCAGCAGUAUAAUGGAGACAACGUGACAGGGAGCAGCUGUGUGUGCAGGCGCUGUUGUUGGAUCAUCGCCUUUUUUCAGGGUCUUUGACAGUUAGGGUUGUGCUUCAUUCAGGGUGCAGUGCUUGUAAUGGUUAGUGAGGCCUGGAUUAAAGUAGGUGUCCUGUUCAUCAAGCAAAGGCAGAGAGGGGUGUUGCCCACCAUGUGAAUGAGCUUGAUACCCCUGGAGAAGAGCUGCUGGAAAACCGCUCCAGUCCUGUAAGUACAGGGCAAUUUAAUUCUUUUUUUUUUUAAGUGCACAUCUCAUUAGACCUUAGAAAAACAAUUGGGUGUCUUUAUGUAAGGACUGCCCAAAUAGUUUAAGACCACAAAACCUUGUAACCAUCUAUCAGCAGAUUGCGUCUGAAGAAUAUGUGUUUACUGUUUUCAGGCUAACCAGUGAGUUGUUAUCCAGAGGACUGGAGCAGGGUGCCUGCAAAUCUUGCCCGUCUGCUUUGGAAAGUUGGCAGGGGGUCCGAGUGGGUAGCUGGUCCAGAUUAAAGCUAUUUACUGGGCGAUUUGAGAACCUGGCAUCUGUGCCUAGAAGAGACAGUCAUGCCAGUUUGUCCAUGUGGUGGUAGCAGUUAAUAUUGAAAACUGAUGGCAUCCUAGUGUGUACUGGUAUUUAAAAGAGCAAUCCUGUGCUGAGCUGUCAACAGCAGGGGCUCAGGGAUCUUCGCUGGCAAAAAGUUUUAUGGAGAUCAGAAUUGCCCACUGCUUAUUUUUUUUAUCAUUAUUGUAUUUUUUCUGAUUUCAUUGCAAUUAGAAAACGUGAAU